UACAUUAACUCAAGUGCUGUACUUAAAUACAGUUUUAGGUACUUGUACUUUACUUGAGUGUUUCGAUUUUCUAUGACUUUACACUUCUAGUCCACUACAUUUCAGAAGUAAAAUAAAUAACUUAAGUUACAUGGCAGAUUCAGAUUAAAAAAUAAUACAAAGCAUGAGUGUUUAAGGGUUAAUAGAAGAGAGGACUUCAUUGAUCCAAGAGAGGAAAUUUACAUGCUACCCAGCAGUGUAUAAUAUAUAUUAAAAUGACCACCCAGCAUCAAAAAUGGCCCAUUCUGCAUCAUGAGUACUUUUACUUUUGGUACUUUUCUUCAGUAAAAUUUUAAAUGCAGGACUUUUACUUGUAACCGAGUAUUUCUACACUAUGGUAGUGCAAGUUUUACUUCCACCACUGCUUGCCACAAUAAGGGUGUUUACUGAACAAACCUAAAUGCCAUCAAAUAGCCUACUUCUAAAGUCAUGCCUGAUGACAUUUAAUGAAACUAAGCAACUUGCAUUUUUAAAUGCAAGAUGUCUUUAAAAUAAAAGGUACGCAUUCAGGUUUCAGUCAUUUUUUUGUAAGACUACUCUCCAUAUGAAAUAAAAAGCACCGGCCAGCCUACCUGCAUGGAUGCGAGUCUGUUUUGUUUCCAUGGUCUGACAGUGACUCUGGACAGUCACACAGCAGCAGACUCACUACCAACCUUCCUUAUAUAUGCUGGCAACAAGUACAUGUUUCCACUAUACUUUACCAAAUCCCUAAAUCACAAAAAACACUUAUGCCAGCACCUUAGAGGGACAUUAGUCAACAAAAAUAAGAUGCUUUCCCUGCUCCUCCUCGGUGAUUCCUCUAUUAUCAUUUAGAGAGAGCUAAAGCUGCAAUAUUGUAAAUCCUUCAAAUACCAGUUUAUAAUUGACCAUAACACCUGACAUCAAACUUUCCAGAAGAAGUACACAGACCACUUAGUUAAGUAAAGAUUUCAGUACAUUCAUGCGAAAAUACUCCAUUACAAGUAGAAGUCCUGCAUUUAAAAUCCUACUUAAGUAAAAAUGUAUCAGUCAAAUAAAAUAAGUAUUCAUUCUGCAGAAAGGUGAACCCUGUUAUUGUUAGACUAUUAUACAUUACAUUAGUAGACUGUUAAUACUGAUGCAUCAAUGUGUAAACAGCAUUUUACUGGUGUAGCUUUGCUUUUUUUGUGAAAAAUUGUGUGGAUUGGAUAAGAUUUGAAAUUAAACCAUCUGAGAUGUUGAAAGGGGAAAUGUUUCUUUGGUGGCUCUGCUUACAAGUCAUAGAAAAGGGGUGCAAACUACACACUGACUUUUUAUAAGCAGUCACAAGCCAAAAAAGCUGGCACCGCUGGUGUAAUAUAAAAUAAUGCAGUGCAUUUUAUCAUUUUUUUUAUGUAAUUAAUUUUAGCUGAAAGGUAUCUAGUAACAAAAUCAGUCAGAUGAAUGUAGUGGAGUAAAUAGUACAACAUUUGUGGAGUACAAGUAGAAAGUAGCAUAAAAUGGAAAUGCUCAAGUACAGUACAAGUACCUGAAAAUUGUACAUUAAAGCAGUACUUGAGUAAAUAGAUUUAGUUGCUUUCCACGACUGUUGUUACUGAUGGAUUUAUGCAUGAACAGUGUUUUCCUAGAGUAGCAUGUCACAGUGGACCUAAUUUUAACUACUUCAUAUACUGUUAGGUAGUACAGUAGUUCUAAGCCUAAGGGUUCGGGCCCCUCCAAAAGGUCAUAAAGCACAUCUGUGGGGUUGUGAGAUGAUUACUGGGACAGAAAACAAAGAGUUCUGCUACACAUUUCUUCUUCAACUUUUGUUUAACUUUUGCAUUCUAUGUGAAAUAAUGGAUCACUUCACACCUUUGGACCUUGAACUGUUAAUUUGUUGAAACUAUCUGUGAAGUUUAGAGAGGUAAAUCUAUCUUUGGUGGAACCACUAAAUACGCAAGAGCUUGUUAAAGGUUAAAUCAGGCACUGUAAGGAGUCACAAACCAAAUAUGUUAUGCACCACUGGUUUAAUCUUUAACAACGUGUCAUAUUUUAUAAGUGUAUUGUUCAAUAUCUGUUCAUUUCAAGAAUUUAUGUCCAUAGGGUAUGUAGAGAAGUGGGAUAAGGGUACACUGAUUAUCUGAAGUAGCCUAUAAUAACAAUAGAUAUACUCCAGUACAGCAAUUAAUAAAAUAACUGGAUAUAGGUAGUAACCUCUUGAGUCAUUACAGUAAUCUGCUUUUAGCAAUUAUUUUAUAAUGAGCCGAAACGGUGGUUACAUUAUCAGAGGUUUAUUUAAUGUAAAAUCUUAAUCUGUAAAGUCAUAUUUUUCUCUGAGACGUAGAGGAGUAGAAGUAUAAAGGAGCACAAUACAUCAAAAUUACACUAAAGCUCAGUGGGUAAAUGUACUUAGUCACUCCCCACCACUGUUCAAAGCUGUACCCAUCCACCCGGCUUUACACAGAUAACAUUUGUGUGCGCGUGCAGCAGCGCCCUCCAGCGGCCCGCCGCGUGCCUCCGUGCAGCACUGACUGCAGAGGAUGAGCACAGCUGACUUGUCUCUCCGGCUGUUAUUAUGUCCGCGAACGGGCGCCGCCAACACCCAAACACAGUGCGGUAAAACCGGCGAGAGGCGCUCAGCAUCGUCUCUAAUCAGUGACUGCGCAGGAAGAACCAUGAGUCACGAAUGAGGUCUGCAGGAUGUCUUUUAAGAAGGAAACACCCCUGGCUAAUGCUGUGUUUUGGGCAGCGAGGAAAGGGAACUUGGCUCUACUUCAGCUGCUGCUCAACAGCGGGCGCGUGGACGCAGACUGCAGAGACAGUUAUGGAACGACAGCGCUGAUGGUGGCGUCAUACAGUGGCCACUAUGAAUGUGUCAAAGACCUUAUCAUGCAAGGAGCCGACAUCAACUACCAGAGAGAGACUGGUUCUACUGCCCUGUUCUUCGCCUCCCAGCAGGGUCACAAUGACAUUGUGAAACUCCUCUUUGAAUUCGGUGCCUCCACUGAAUUCCAGACAAAGGACGGUGGCACAGCUCUCACUGUCGCCUCGCAGCACGGACACUCCAAGGUGGUGGACACCCUGUUGAAGAAUGGAGCCAAUGUUCAUGACCAGCUGAACGAUGGUGCCACCUCUCUGUUUCUUGCUGCCCAGGAGGGCCAUGUGACUGUGAUUCGUCAGCUGCUUUCAUCUGGUGCCAAGGUUAACCAAGUGAGGGAGGAUGGCACUGCCCCCCUGUGGAUGGCAGCUCAGAUGGGUCACAGUGAGGUGGUGAAGGUGCUACUCUUACGUGGUGCAGAUCGGGAUGCUGACAGACAAGAUGGAUCAACAGCGUUAUUCAAAGCAGCUUUUAAGGGACACAACAGCGUCGUCGAGGAACUUCUCAAGUUUUCUCCUUCACUUGGCCUUCUCAAGAACGGCUCUACUGCCCUUCAUGCAGCUGUUAUGGGUGGAGAUGUUCGGACUGUUCUGCUGCUGCUCGGGGCCAACGCAGACCCCACACUACCCAACAAGAAUAAUGAACUCCCUGCAGAUCUUACAAAGAACGAUCGCAUCCUAAAGGUUUUACAUCCAAAAAUCUUAAAUGGAGGCAGCUGAUGACCACCCAGACUCCUGCCUUCAUGCCUGCCUGUACCACACUGAUGAUAUGUACUGAGGGGCAAAUCUGCUCACCUACAACAUGUACUGUACAUGGUGCUUGCUUUUGAUUGAGGCUGAAACGAAGCUGUCAUAUGUUGAAUAAACCUGGAUAAAAUCUAGAGCAACAAUGUGCGACCAAAAUGCAUUUAUCUGCCAUGUGCAUCAUCUCCUUUCCGCCAUUGUUCUACAGUAUAUGCAUUUAUUUUUGUUUACCCCAGGUGUUGUAAGAUUUCUAGAUAUUUUGCACACGUUUUAUUUGCCUUUUUAAUAGAUGUAAUAAACUGUAAAUUUGUUAUUCAA